GAUUUCUCCCAUCCAGUGUAUAAAAAUAUCUCACAGUUUAAUGGUCAAGUAAAUAAAAUGAAGAGAAAUGAAGUUAUUAAUAGAUUAAAGAAAUACAGCAUGGAUACUCAUGGUGAAACAGAAAUUUUAAAAAGAAGAUUAAAGAAUUGUUAUAGAAAAAGGAAAUUAAAAGAGACCGGUGUUGGUGAAAAUAAAACUCCUAUAUUAGACUAUAUUAUUAUCAUUGACUAUGAAGCAACGUGUGAAGCUCAUACUAUGGACUAUAGACACGAGAUUAUAGAAUUUCCUGCUAUUUUAAUGAAUGUUUCUGAUGGUUCCAUGGUUUCUGAAUUUCGAAGUUAUUGUAAACCUAUAGAAAAUCCUAAAUUAACUAGAUUCUGUACUGGUUUAACAGGUAUCACUCAGGAACAAGUAGAUAAAGCUGAAGAAUUUCCAGUAGUUUUAGAAAAUUUUGAAAAAUGGUUAACUUCCCAUAAGUUAGGGGUUAAACGAGGUUUUAAAUUUGCAGUAGCCACUGAUGGUCCAUGGGAUAUGAGAAGAUUUCUUUUUUAUCAAUGUCAAAUGUUGGACAUGCCUUUUCCAAAAUGGGCAAAAAAGUGGGUUAACUUACGGAAACUUUUUGCAAACUUUUAUCGACGUGAGCGCGGAAAUAUAGAGAAUAUGUUACGCCAUCUUGGAUUGGAAUUUGAAGGAAGGCAGCAUUGUGGUAUGGAUGACACACGUAAUAUUGCCAGAAUCGCACAAAGGUUAAUUAAAGAUGGAUGCUUUAUAGAUGUUAAUGAAGGAUUUUCUGGGAAUGAGAAAGGAAAAAUUCAGGAAAUCAAACCUGAGAAAAAUCAUGCUCCUGUGGACUUCCCUGAACCUAAACCUGUUAAUAUUAAAAGUGAGGAAGAGAAACGGAAAGACGUGGAAGUGAGAGAAGCUCUUCGGAAAUUACAAUUGAAGGAGGAUGAUGAACUUGCAGCUUUUUAUAAAUCUAUUAAUAAAUAUUAA